UCAUCCCCUUGCCGCUGCUGCCGGGCCUGCGCAGAAUGUUCUGGAGCUCCCUGCCGGGGCUCGCGGGGUGCCCGGCCCCUGGGCUGCUGCUGGCGGUCGGGCGUCUGCAGCCCCGCGGGCGGGCGGGCAGGCAGCGCUGUCUCUGACCCCAGGCUGCUGAGGCCGCUGCCAGCGCCGCGGAGGAGGAGGCCGGGCGCAGGGGGCGUCUGGCGGGCCAGUACGCGGCCAGCCUCAGUCACCAGCUGAGGCUCCUCCGCCAAGACCUCGGGGCCCGGCAGGAGCAGUGGGCGUCUUUCUGCUCCGAGCUGAUGGCGGCGCGGCGGCUGCUGAAGGUCCAGGAGGGCUCCGGGCCCGCGAAGUCCUCCCGGACCCGGCCGAACCCAGAAGGGUGUGUAGCCGGUGCCUCUGAGUCAGGCUUGCUGACCUGUGGCCUAGGGGAGGAGCGAGUGUGGCUUCCCCAGGUCCAGAACGGGCCACAGCAGAGGGUCCUUUCCCCAUGCCUCACCGCAUGGCCCUGAUCCCGCCUCCUCCGUGCCCCCCCGGCCCCGCGCAGGGAAGCGCCCCCGCUGGAUGCGGCGCUGAGCCGCCUGUCCCAGGCUGUGCUGCAGGAGAGCCACCGCCUGAAGGCCUGGGGGGUCCUGGGUUCCGGCACUGGGGCGGAGCUGCUGCGGCCAGCAGCCUCAGCAGACUCUCGGGGGGGGGGGGCACCCCGGACAUCAGCGUGAAUCCCUUCACCAAGCUGAUGGUCCCCGGCCCCAACUGUGCAAUGCUUCCAGCCAGUGGCCAUGCAGGAUCUGUACCCCCUGGCUACUUCAUCCACCCCGACACUGGGAAGGUGCUGCCUGAGGCUGGAAAUCUGGGGUACGAUCUGCAGGGAGCUACCCUGGUGCCCACCACUGACUUCAGUUCCGGCGGCAUCCGAACGUCAGAAGCUGCCGUCCUCCCCUAUGUGCCCUACCCAACCUGCCCCGCCACAGGCUCCCCUCCCGCCACCCACCUGCCCAUCCUGCAGCCCAGACGGACGUCACAGCUAGGGGCACUCAUGACAGACCCCACAACCGGCAUCGAGGUGCCCGUGCUGGCUGUGACUCUUCAUCCUCAAACCAGGCAGUGGCUCACUCUUGGGGGCACAUACUGCAAUCCUCUCACCAAGACCCUGGCCCCCCUCGAGUUGGGGGGCCCCAUGGAGGACCCAGUCACGGGAAGCAUCUCGCCAAUCCUGGGAGUCGGGUUGGAUGAAAACACAGGGAUGAUGUGCUACCCUGGGACAGAGCUGUGGGUUCCGGUCCUAUACGGGAUGGAGAUCCCAGACCCUGAGGGCUCAGGGCUCAUGGUGCCCAUCCUGGGCAUGGAGACUGAUGGGAAUUCAGGUGAUGCCACACCCCUGGCAGGUUCAAUGGAAGAUGCUGAUGGUAAAGGUCUUAUCCCAAUCUCAAUUGGGGCUCAGGCCACAGACCCCUUCACCGGGGAACCUGGUCCUGUCAUUGGUGCUCAGACAGACCCUUCUACAGGACUGGUGGUGCCCAUCGUCCAAGGGCUGGAGGCCCUGCCUCGGGGAGUGAGAGACCCUGGUCUGCUGGACACCCUGGAGAAGGAGCUGAGAGCCCGGGAGCAGUACUGGCGGCGCCAGGAGCAGGAAGAGCUGCGUCUAGCCGAACGCCUGGGGCAGCUGAGUGUCGAGCUGCUCUCCGCUCCAGGCAAAGACGCCCAGCGGCAGCUGGGGGCUGCUGAGGAGGCUCUGGCAGCGCUGGAGGCCAGGCGCCUGCAGGAGACUGAGAGGCGAGCCAGGGCCCUGAGCACCCCGCGCGGCCCGGAGCGGGGCCUGCUCUCUCAAGCAGACAGAGAGGAGUGGGAGCAGGAGGCACAGAUGAUGCUAGGCGUGCAGAAAGUCCUGCAGACUUUAGCACAGACAGCAGAGAAGCUCAGGCAGGCAGGCGGCCGGCUGCGGGGCCGGGAGCAGGAGAUGUGGCUGCAGCAGCAUCGGAGUCCGAGCCCGCACGUCUGGAACCGUCCCUGGAAGGUGGCUGAGCAUCUCUCUGAGGAGUGUCAGGAGGUGGUAAGGCACAGACAGAACUUUCUGGAUAGGGCCCUCGGCCUCCUGCAGUACCAGCGGGAGCUGAGCCGCCUCCACCUCUUUCACACCCAGAUCGUUGCCUCAGGCUCCCCUGCAUGUUUGGAGAAUUACCCUGGAGACAGAUUCUAUGGAAUGAUCACCCCUUCUCUCAGGGACCCGGCUGCUGCUUGCCCGCUCCUGAUCCCCUUCCUGAAGAGCGUCACUGCAGUGCUAGAGGGAGCUCAAGGCCGUGGCCCAGGCCUGGAGGAUCAGGGACCAGCAACAGAUGCAGAUAAAGCUGACAUCAUGUGGACCUCACCACUCCUUUCUACCCUGAAGAAAGUAGACAUCUGGUCCCAAGCCCGCAAGGAGGAAGCUGAACUACAGGGACAGAUGCAUCACCAGCUAGCCCCCAAAAGCCCCCAAAAAGGAUGUCCCAAAACCUCAGAUAAUGCAGAAGGAAGAGCUUAUCACUGUGCAACCCACAGACCUUUCUGCCAGAGAGUUUGUGGUUUACCAGUAUGGCCUCUCUGUCCUGCACCUCCUCAUCCCCCAGCUGCAUGCUCCUGAAAUCACCCUGCAGAUUGCCUCUCAUCUUCCAGCGAUGGAUGCCUCAGAGAAUGCCUUCCAAGGCUCCUUCUUCUAUCAGAGCACUGGAAACACACUGUUUGUUGGGAGAGAGUCUCUGGCGUCUGUGGGAAGUUUCAUUCUGCUGCUGAUCCAUUGCUUGGCCCACGUCGCCACUGAGGACUUCCGCCAGGACACAAACCCUGCCUUUCUGAGGUCAUUUUACAAGGGCCUACGGGCUUAUUUCAGGGAAGCAUUCUCUACCACACUGCGAAUGUCCGCUGUCUCCUGGGACAGUAAGCUUGGCCAAAGCAUGAGCGCUGCUCUGUUAGACGAGCAGCCCAUCUCUGAAAGAGGAAGAGAUCUGCUCUCUACGCUCCUUGAAAGGAAGUGUGAGUCUCACUUGGAGCCAGAGUCAUCAGAAGAGUAUAUUAAGAGAAACACGGAUCUUCUCCUCUUCACCAAUAUGGAACAUUUUCUAAAAUCCCUCCUCACUGCAGAACAACCGAUCCCAAGAAAACCAAGAGAACAGCGUAGAGACGAAGAGAAGAGUGGUGACCUUGCAUGCCAAGAUCAAGAUUAACAACUAGCACCCGGGAGAAACAACUGAACACUGACUUCAGCCUGGGCCCCAGUCCACUUUAUGUAAUGUUAUCACCCAGGUCCGGGCCUGAAACUACCUUUAAAACUUUAUUAAAAUACAACACAGCUUUUAAAAGCGCACAUAUCAUAAAUGCACUCUCCAUGAAUCGUCCAAAGUGAACGUUUCCAUGUAAGCAACAUCAAGAAAGACAACGUUACCAGCUUCCCAGACGCCCCCCAUGGCCCGUCCCUCCAGUCGUCAGCCUCCCGAGAAUAACCACUGACCUGACUUCAGACAUCAUGAGCUGUUUCUGUGUAUUCACAAACUCCACAUGAAUAGAAUCACACAUUUUUAAUUUCUUUUUUUUUUUGCUUUUGCUCAGCAUCCUUUGUGACGUAUGCCCAUAUUGUCACAUGUAGUUGUGAUUUGCUGAUGGUCUUUGCUAUAAAACAUUCCAUCGUGUGGAAAUACCCACAUGCAUUCUUUCACUACUGAUGUGCCAGUGGGUAUUUUCCAGUUUGGGGUUCUUACGAGUAGCCUUGUGCACCUUUUGGUCACUGUAUGUGACUGCACCCGACAGGCAUUACCUAGAACUGGAAAUUCUGGGUCUUAAGGGCUGGACAUUUCCCUCCUUAGCAGAUAGUACCAACGGGACUUCCAAAGUGGCUUAUGCAUAUGGACUGCCGCCGGAAGUGGGUAAGCGUUCUCUGGUCACUCUCUGCUUUUAUCAGCACUUAGUAUGUUCCCUCUUUUUUAUUUUGUGCACUCUUCUGGGUACGUGGUUUUAACUUGCACUUUCCUGAUGGCCCUGAAACUGGGCACCAUCCAUACAUUUGUACACCGUUUCAGUGUCUUCUCUUGAGAAGUGCCCGUCAAGUGUUUUGCCCAUUUUCCACUGGA